AUGUCAAAAUUGUCUUCUUUCCCUAAACUCACUAACAGAGACAAUGUGAAAUUAUAUGACUUGUUAGACUUGCUUUGUGAGAUUGAGUCACUGAUGUCUAGUCCGAAGUACAGAAGUCUGUUGAGCCACUUCAAUUCUUCUUCUGGUAUAGCGCCCAUACUGUGUAAGCUUCCACACAACAUUCAGGAGAAGUGGAUUACUCAUGCGUACAAAUACAAACAACAACAUGCUGUUGUUUUCCCGCCAUUCUCAUGUUUCGUUUCAUUCAUAAAAGAUAUCAGCAAAAUGAGAAACGACCCUGGAUUCAUGUACACCACUGAGAAUGCAACAAAUUCUUACACAGUGAAAGAAAAGGUUGGUCAGAGAAACAAUCAAGUGAAACAAUGGGUCGCCACAAAGAAAACCGGAGUGACACCGAACUCAGAAAAUUUGAAGUCAACCAGUACAGUGUGUCCCCUUCACAAAGCUAAUCAUAGUCUGAAUGACUGUCGUGGUUUCAGAGACAAGUCAUUUGAGGAACGUAAACGUUUUUUGCGGGACAACAAGAUUUGUUUCAAAUGCUGUAAUUCUGAUGAACACAAGUCUAAGGAGUGUACAGCUCAGAUUCAUUGUACUCAGUGUGGAAGCCACUCUCAUCCAUCAGCUCUUCACAUCGGAACACGCACAGUCUCGUAUGGUGGGGAGAAGACAGGUGAUAAUUCCACAACGUCAGCAUGCACUCAGGUAUGCAGAGAUGGAUUCUCAGGGAAGUCGUGUGCUAAAGUAGUUUUGGUAAACUUGCACAAAACCCACAAUCCAAGUAAGACACUAAAGGCAUACGCAAUAAUAGACGACCAAAGCAACAGAACACUAGUAAAGUCAGAAGUCUUCGAUCAGCUUGAUAUUGAAAGUGAAAUGACUGACUAUCAGUUAACUUCCUGUUCUGGAGUUACUGACAUGCUAGGCAGACAAGCCCGAAAUCUCACUGUUUCAUCUCUCGAUGGAUCAUCAUCAGUUGACAUACCCAUUGUCAUAGAAUGCAACCACAUUCCAGACAUCCGGAAUGAAAUACCUACACCAGAGGUAGCGAAAUCAUAUACUCACCUUCAGGACAUUGCAGACGACAUACCUGAAGUUAAUGAAAAUGUUCCGAUUCUCGUCUUGAUUGGCCGUGAUAUUCCAGAGGCACACCAUGUAGCAGAACAGCGAACAGGUCCUAGAAAUUCACCCUUUGCGCAGAGACUUACCUUGGGUUGGGUGAUAGUAGGUGAAUCUUGUUUAAACAAAGUUCAUCGUCCAAACUCAGUUGUAGUGAACAAAACUUACCUGCUUCCUAACGGGAGGACAUCCAUGUUUCAGCCAUGUCCCAAUGACAUACACGUAGAAGUCCACAAUAAAGAUACUGGUCACUAUUCACGAGAUCUGGAUUCUUCUAUUUUCAUGAAACGAAAGGAUGAUGAUACAGUUGGUCUCUCGGUAGACGAUAAGGACUUCAUCAGAACUAUGGAUCAAGAUGUUCAUCUUAGUGUUGAAGGUAAUUGGGAAGCGCCAUUGCCAUUUAGAGAAAAGCGACAACCGCUACCAAACAACAGAUCAUACGCACUCAAGCGAGCACAAAAUCUGGAUAUCAGUCUCCGGAAAGACCCAACAAAACAAGAGCAUUUCAUGUCCUUCAUGAAAAAGAUAUUUGACAACAACCAUGCAGAAAUCGCACCCCCUCUUAAAGAAAAAGAAGAGUGUUGGUAUCUACCCAUUUUCGGGGUGUACCACCCUAAAAAGCCGUCGCAAAUCAGAGCUGUGUUCGACUCCUCUGCCAAGUUUCAGAACAUUUCCCUCAACGACGUACUUCUUUCUGGUCCAGAUUUGAACAACAAACUUCUCGGUGUACUCUUGCGUUUCCGGAGAGAACCUGUAGCUGUUACAGCAGACAUUGAGUCUAUGUUUCACUGUUUUUUAGUUGACGAGAGACACAGGAACUUUCUCCGCUUUUUCUGGUACAAAGACAAUGACAUAAACAACCAGUUGAUAGAGUUCCGAAUGCGAGUUCACGUUUUCGGUCAUUCGCCUUCACCAGCCGUUGCUGUGUAUUGCCUCCGGAAGGCUGCCUGUGCCAAAGAGGAUACUUUUGGACCUGAUGUGACAGACUUUGUAUGUCGAAACUUUUAUGUCGAUGACGGGUUGAUUUCUCUCCCAACUGCUGAUAAAGCAAUCGCCUUGCUUAAACGAACACAAGCUGCCCUUAAGGCGGGUGGUAAUCUGCGUUUACAUAAGGUUGCAUCAAACGACAAGCAUGUUAUGGAUGCAUUUCCACCUGAGGACAGGGCAAAGGACUUCAGUGAUAUUGACUUAAGUGUUGACGAACUUCCUAUGUUAAAAAGCUUAGGAUUGAACUGGGAGCUGAAAUCUGACUCAUUCACAUACCGUUUAUCAGUGGGAGAAAGGCCUUUCAGUAAGCGAGGACUAUUGUCGACAAUUAACGGGAUAUUUGACCCAGUUGGAUUUGUUGCACCAGUCGUAGUCUCUGGAAAAGUCUUGAUGAGAGAUUCAUUAAGAGGUUCACACAAUUGGGACGACACCCUACCUCCUCAUCUAUUGGACAGAUGGUCUAAUUGGAAAGACUCUCUGAAAUUCCUAGAAGAUGUGCAUAUUCCAAGAACAUAUGCGCCCAUCUCUCUACAAGAGACCUUGUCCACAGAGCUCCAUAUUUUCUCAGACGCCUCGGAAACAGCCAUAGCUUCAGUGGCCUACUUACGUACAGUCGAUGUUUCAAACAACAUUCAUGUGGGAUUCGUUUUGGGAAAGUGUAAGCUUGCACCAAUGAAAGGACAUUCUGUUCCACGCUUGGAACUCUGUGCGGCUGUGAUGUCGGUCCAGAUAUAUGAUAUCAUCAGUGAAGAACUUGACAUGAACGUUAACUCUGUUCGUUUUUACACCGACAGUCUCGUUGUCCUGGGUUAUAUACAUAACCAAAGCAGGCGAUUCUAUAAGUACGUAGAAAACCGAGUCGACCGAAUCAGAAAAUCAACAACACCUGACCAAUGGCAGUAUAUUUCAACUAAACAUAACCCAGCCGAUUCUGGUACAAGAAAUAUGACUGCUGAGGACAUUAUCAACGACAGGUGGAUCUUAGGACCUCCUCAACUCAGAGAACCAAUUGAAGACAAUCUCAAUACAGAAUAUCAUCUCUGUGAUCCUGAGAAUGACGUUGAAAUUCGCAAGACUAAAGACGUUGAAACUCUUAAAACAACUAUCGACGACAAAAGGGAUCAACUUGAGGCAUUUCGCAAAACUCAUAGGCUUGAGAGAUUCUCUACUUGGAAAGUAUUAGUGAGAUCCAUAGACAAAAUGAGAACACUAUCUAGGAGUUGUCACUCUCCAAAGGAUCUUGGAGCCUCAAACGACUCGUUUUCAUCGGAAGACCUCAUUAUACGCAUGGUCCAGCGACAGGUUUUCGCGCAGGAGAUUGUUUGCUUGCAAUCACAUAGGCCAUUGCCAAGGAGUAGUAGCCUCAUCUCUUUGAAUCCAGUUAUUGAUGAAAAUUGUUUGCUACGUGUAGGUGGUAGAUUGAAGAGAGGAUACCUUAGUAUCAAUGAGAGACAUCCACUUAUCAUUCCAAAGAAUCAUCACGCAGCUGUCCUACUAAUACGCCAUUUUCACGAGAUGGUAAAGCAUCAAGGGAGACAUUUCACAGCAGGGGCACUGCAAUCAGCAGGAUUCUGGAUUAUUGGAGCGAAGCGCUUAAUAUCCUCACUGCUACACAAGUGCAUAAAGUGCCGUCGACUUCGUGGAAAAUACCAAAGUCAACUGAUGUCUGACUUACCAGCAGACCGAAUUCAACCGUGCCCUCCUUUCACUUACAUUGGGUUAGAUACCUUUGGGCCAUGGACAAUUGCGACUCGCAAAACGAGAGGUGGAGUGUCAAACAGCAAGCGAUGGGCUGUACUUUUCACUUGCUUAUACACUAGAGCCAUUCAUAUAGAAGUGAUUGAAGAACUUUCAUCCUCUUCUUUCAUCAACUGCUUGAGAAGAUUUAUUUCUCUCAGAGGAAAUGUAAAAGAAAUCCGAUCUGAUCGUGGAUCUAAUUUCAUUGGAGCGAUUGAUGACCUAGACGUCAAUGCCAUAAACGUCGAAGACAAGCCUGUUCAGGAAUUUCUAUCAGACCAGAAGGUGACUUGGAUCUUCAAUCCCCCACAUUCCUCCCACAUGGGUGGAGUGUGGGAGCGGAUGAUUGGGAUUGCUCGUAGGAUACUCGACUCAAUGCUCAUGGACUUACAUUCAAAACAUCUUACUCAUGAAGUAUUGACAACCCUUAUGGCCGAAGUAUGUGCCAUCGUUAAUUCCAGGCCAAUCGUCUCAGUGUCGUCAGACCCAGAAGCCCCUAUGAUUCUCAGCCCGAACAUGUUGCUGACUCAGAAGACUUACAACAUGCCGACAAAUUUUGGACCAUUCAGCAUCAAGGAUAUGUAUAAAUCCCAGUGGCGCUGUGUCCAACAUCUGGCUAAUAUUUUCUGGGAUCGCUGGAAAAAGGAAUACCUACAAACACUUCAAGUUAGGCGUAAAUGGCAAAAAACCUUACCUGAUCUCUGUAUAGGAGACAUUGUUCUUGUGAAAGACUCAAGCACUGCAAGGUGUGAGUGGCCGCUUGGAAUCAUUACUAACGCAAUCAAAAGUGCUGACGAUAAAGUGCGUAAAGUGGAGGUGAAAAUAGUAAAGGACGACAAACCCACGACUUACACAAGGCCAAUAUCAGAAUUAGUUCUUUUGAUUCAUGAGGACUAA